GGUGACAUUGGGGAAGGUUCCUGUACGUGAUUCAUCACAUUAGACAUUACCACACACUGCUGAGGUGACGUAACUCUACAGAACAGAGGAAGAGGGCUCAGUGCACACACAGCUCUGCUGCCUCACUACACCCGGAUCACCCGACAUGCGGCUCUCCGCCCUGCGCCCCCUGCUUGUGCCCCUCUACUGCGGGAUCCUGUCUGUGGCUUCCCCGGGCAUCACCUCCAACACGGCGGGUCCAGAAAUGCCACCGGAGGCUGCGGUAUCUAGUGACGGCAGCUUAUACAAUUAUACCGUAGCAAACCACAGCCUGCUGAUAUCAGGUUUUUCCACAAAAGAUAUAAAGAAGGAUAUAUUUAUCGAUAAUGUUCUCAGUCUGAAGCUUGAGUGUACUCUAGUUGUCGACUCAAUGGAUUUACAGAUUAGUGUUUCAUGGAGACAUGGAAAGGAUCAAAUCAGCAGUAACCUGUACACAUACAAUAAUACAGAUAAACAAUGGAAUACCGCGUAUGAAUUUGUAGUAACAGACGUGAACAAGACCGGGGACUACGCCUGUGUUUUCAGUUCUGGCACAGAAGUAUAUGGAACAUUUAGUGUAAUAGUGCCUCCGGUUCAUAGUGGGAGCAAGGCUGUAGUUAGCUACAAUGGAGAUUUUCUAGUUCUUAAGUGCGAUACCUCAGAAUACAAACCAGUAAAAUGGUUAUGGUUCAAAGUGACUGAGGAUGAGCUGGUGCCAGUAAAUUUUACAAUGGAUACCAAAAGAUACAGUGAACUUAGCACUAAACUCAAUGAAACAAAGUUGCGCAUUUCAGAUCUGACUGAAAGUGACAGUGGUGGCUACGCCUGUAAGGCCGAUUUUGGAGAGAUUGGAGAAAGCAAAGGCCAAGUUGAGAUAAAAGUUAUCAGUUACAUGGUUCCUCUGAGGAUCUUCCUGGCCAUAGCUGCUGAAGUUGCAAUCUUAGUAAUUAUAAUAGGGGUCUAUGAAUUCAUAAGCAAGAGGAAACAGGGUCAAGAAGAUGUUAAACAAGACUAUGAACCAAUGUCGCAAAUGAAAUCGGAGGACAGCAGUAUUGCCGAAGCCAGCACUACAAGGCAAAGGAAGGUGUAAUGCUAAAGGUGAUAUCAUGUACAGGGGAGAUGAUUAAUGAGCAGUGCAGUAAAGUGAAUUCUCAUGAGCUUAGCGGGUCAGCCAUUCUCCAUCCAGCCUGGUCUUCAGAUUUGAUCACCGUGUCCCAUCCAGCCUGGUCUUCAGAUUUGAUCACUGUGUCCCAUCCAGCCUGGUCUUCAGAUUUGAUCACCGUGUCCCAUCCAGCCUGGUCUUCAGAUUUGAUCACCAUGUCCCAUCCAGCCUGGUCUUCAGAUUUGAUCACUGUGUCCCAUCCAGCCUGGUCUUCAGAUUUGAUCACCGUAUCCCAUCCAACCUGGUCUUCAGAUUUGAUCACCGUGUCCCAUCCAGGGUGAUUUUCUGAUUUGAACACUAUGUCCCAUCCAGGGUGAUUUUCUGAUUUGAACACUAUGUCCCAUCCAGCCUGGUCUUCAGAUUUGAUCACUGUGUCCCAUCCAGCCUGAUCUUCAGAUUUGAUCACUGCGUCCCAUCCAGGGUGAUUUUCUGAUUUGAACACUAUGUCCCAUCCAGGGUGAUUUUCUGAUUUGAACACUAUGUCCCAUCCAGGGUGAUUUUCUGAUUUGAACACUAUGUCCCAUCCAGGGUGAUUUUCUGAUUUGAACACUAUGUCCCAUCCAGGGUGAUUUUCUGAUUUGAACACUAUGUCCCAUCCAGGGUGAUUUUCUGAUUUGAACACUAUGUCCCAUCCAGCCUGGUCUUCAGAUUUGAUCACUGCGUCCCAUCCAGGGUGAUUUUCUGAUUUGAACACUAUGUCCCAUCCAGGGUGAUUUUCUGAUUUGAACACUAUGUUCCAUCCAGCCUGGUCUUCAGAUUUGAUCAAUGUGUUCCAUCCAGGGUGAUCUUCAGAUUUGAACAUUAUAUCCCAUCUUUAGAUUUCAGUGGCCUUUCUUCGGAACUGCUGAGCUAUGGAGUCUUAAUGCAACCUACUGUAUAUUUAUUGUUCUCAUUAAUGUAUCUUCUUAAUGUUUAGUCUUUACAUGUCCCCUACUGACCAUGUGCAGUAUAUAAUACUGAUGUCUACAUACAUGGAGCGCCACCCCCAUACACCUGGGUCCAGGUGUAAUUGCUACCUCCGCAUCUCCUAAUGUCAUGCUCCUGUCUUUUGACUUAUAUGUUAUAACAGUAUUUCCAGAGUGGCCUGGAAAUCAAUGGGGAUUCCUUAUUUUCCUUAUUUGGCUUGAAAUUUCACCUUCCAUGCAAAUAUCAGCUCCACUAUUUAGACAUUUCUAAUCUACUUAGUUCCUGGUAAACCCUUAUGUCCCCUACAAAGGUUGUGAUACAAAAUAUAUAAAAUCCUAAAAGGCAAAUUUGCUUUGUUGUUUGGAACAGUAAAGGGCAGCCUUUUUUCCCAGGACGAUGGGCUACAAUCUUUUUGUGGGGACUUUAAUUAUCACCUUGAAACUUAAAAAAAUAUAUUUUAAAGGAGUAGUGUAGUGAAAGAUAACUUAUCCCCUAUCCAAAGGAUAGCAGAUUGUGGAGGGUCCGACUGCUAGGACCCUCCGCAAUUUCCUGAAUGGGGUCCCAGCAGUCUGCUGAAAGGGGGUGUGCCGACCCCUGCAUGGAGUGGCAGAUGACACGCCCCCUCCAUGUAUCCCAUAGAGAAACAUGGAGGGGGGUGUCGGCUGCGGCUUCCUGCGGGGGUCAGAAAGGUCGCUUCCGGCAGACUGCUGGGGCCCCAUUCAGGAGAUCGCAGAGGGUCCCAGCUGUCAGACCCCCCACAAUCCUUAACUUAUCCCCUACCAUUUGGAUAUUUUUUACUGCACUACUCCUUGAAGAAGACCUGUCACUGUCCCUGACAAGUCUGUUUAAGUAAAUAUAUGGCCCCACCCUAAAAUUUGAAGAUAUUAUUUGUUGAUCCUCCUGGAAAUGUAUCAACACAUUGACAAGUGGGUGUUACCAUUCCCCUCCUCAAGCAAUAUUUGCUGACUGUCAUUGUCAUUCGAAAAAACUUAUGACGUGGUUGAAGUGUAGAUCUCAGUCCUGAGACCUGCUACCAGUCGUGAGUUAUAAGCCGGCUGAAGUGCUCUGUAGUGCGCAUCUCACUCCCCGGCUGUCGCUCAAACCUGAUCCUUUCACCAUAGACUAAUGUAGUGAAGGAGUUGGAUUAGGCAGCUGGAGAGGGUUACAAGUCAUGAUCGCAAGGGCUCUUGGGAGUGAGAUCCAGUGCAUUUUAAACUUAUGAUGUCUGGAUGACCGUUUUGUUUUACAAAUCACAGUAACACUUAAACUACCUGUUUUGACUGUCACAGACAAACUGGUUCUUUUGAAUCUACGGGCAGUUAUACAUGGCAGCAUGGACCAGAGAUGGUUUGUGUUUUGACAUUUGUGAAAGACUAUGGCCCUGAUUUACUAAGAGUAGAGUGUAGCUUUCUUUGUGGGUUUUAAUUCCCUACAAUUUUUUUCCCAACAUUUAGCUUUUUUUUUUUUUUUACACAUGCUCUGAUCUGUUGGGUUUUCCUUAGCUCAAAUCCACCACAUUUUCUCUGGAAAGCUUAGUAAAUAUGUUUGGUUUUGUGACAUUGUGGGAAAACAUUUUGUGAAAAAGUUGGACACGCCCCUUUUUCGGGUUUUCUAAGUAAAAUGGAGAGUUGGUGGUUUUUUUUUUUUUUUUUCAAUUCUGGCACAAAUCCUGACGUAGACAGAAUUUCUGGCGCAAUACUCCAGAAUCUGGCGCACAGCCCGACAAGACAUGUCGGGUUUACAAUAGUAAAUCGGGGCCAUUGUUCACACAACAGAAUUUCUAAGAAAUUCUGUGGCAUUCUGAGUCUCACUGUUUUUAAAGGGGUACUCCGGUGCUUACACAUCUUAUCCCCUAUCCAAAGGAUAGGGGAUAAGAUGCCUGAUCGCGUGAGUCCCGCAGCUGGGGACGCCCGCGAUCUUGCACGCGGCACCCCGUUAGUAAACAGUCCCCGGAGCGUGUUCACUCUGGGUCUGAUUAAGGUCGACCGCAGGGUAGAAAGAAGGUACCUCUGCAAGGUAGAAAGAAGUCUUACAAUACUCUGUAGUAGACAUAGACAGCCUAUGGCAAUACAGGCAGAUAUCCUCCAUGCUUUGUUAGUCUCAUAUGCAGGAUCAUGGUUUGCUUAGCUUGAGCUGCAUUCUGCUGUGUAUUAAAUAUACCUAUUACAUGGAACAAAACUCUAUACCAUAUCCAUAAGACUGGAUUUACACUGCAUUUUGUGUUUGUGUUUCAAUUUUUUCGCUUUAUGUUUAAUUUGGCUGUAUACAAAAGCGUAAUUGACUAUGCUAUUGUAUACAGCAAAAUAAAAGGAAAAAUUGCAAUGCAUUUAUAAUGCAAGUCAAUUUUUUUUUAGUAUCUAUAUUUUUUUAGUAUCUAUUAAUUUAUACGUUUUUAUCCAAAAACACAGUGUGAACCCAGCCUAACACAACCAGAGUGCACCAACCAUUCCAGGAAGCUGGAAUAGCACAUCAUUAUAUUAUAUUUUAUUAUAAAUCUUGUAGGUUAUACAUAAGGUUCAAUGUUUCAUGUAGAGCAAAGAGUCAUUGUGACUAUGUACUGUAAUUCUCAUUGGCGCAUAAAGGCCUGUUCAAUGUAAUGUUACCUCUGUGUUCAGAAAAUAUAAGCAAUAAAAACAAAUAUAUAUAUA